AUGCUCUUUACUGGAGAACUCGUUGAUAUGUAUGCUAAAUAUGCAGAAUGGCGGGGAUGGAAAUGGACUCCACUUCAGUAUCAGAAAUCUGAUAUUGGUGGAGUGCGUACGGCUCUCUUCGCGGUGGAGGGCGAAAAUGCUUACGCUUCAUUGAGAUUUGAAGCUGGUGUUCAUCGAGUGCAGAGAAUUCCGUUGACGGACAAGUCACGAAUGCACACUAGUACCGCGAGCGUUUCAGUUCUUCCUGAACCCGAAGAGAUAGAGACGAUGCGGGCGUCUGGUCCUGGUGGACAAAACGUGAAUAAAAGGUCGACAGCAGUCCGCCUCACCCAUUUGGACACAGGCAUAGCCGUACAUUGCAUGGAGGAACGUUUCCAGCAUCUCAAUAUUCAGAUUGCCUACAAACGACUUGCUGCGAUUUUGAUGCAGCAGAAAGUGGAUGAAGUCAGUGAAAAGUUCACAUCUGAUCGGAAACUACAGCAGUGGAAGCAGCAGCUGUUGAAACCGCUUUCAGAAAGUUGA